AGUUGUGAGUGCAGGUUGCAUGGUUGGAUUCUGUAUUCCUGAAGGUUGGUGCAGGGCAGAAGAAAAGCUCCCAGCCUUGACGACUCUGGGAAAUGAGACUCUACUUGAAUGCUUCACUGUGACAUCUCACCCUUUGCCCCCUUCAGAGGAUCUUCAGGAGACUUCCCUGGACAAUGCGGAGUUCUACUGGUUCAGAGAUGGCUCAUGUUUUGAAAAUAACAAUGGUCAAUUUUGUGCAGAAAUUUAUUGGUAUUGGAAGAUGUUUGAUCUUCUAUCCAGUGAGCAUCCAACCAGCUGCCUUUCAAAGGGAUGAUCUUCCUAGAAUCUGGGAGCAAGCCAGGUCAUUUCUCAUGAUUCCCUCCAUUUAUCUUCUCCUCCAAGUGUAAUUCUAGAAUCUUCUUCAUCUUUCCAGGGGCGAAGAAAAUGAAUACAUCUCAAGUGCUGGUGUCAUUUGAGGAUGUGGCUGUGGACUUCAGCUGGGAGGAGUGGCAGAACCUGGACAAUGCUCAGAGGACCCUGUACAGGGAUGUGAUGCUGGAGAUAUACAGCAACCUGCUGUCCUUGGGAUACUGCAUUACCAAACCUGAGGUGAUUUUCAAGUUGGAGCGAGGAGCAGAGCCAUGGAUAGUGGAAGGACCCCUAAGUCCAAGCCUCCCAGCUGUCCAGAAAAUGGAUGACCUGAUCAAGGCCAGCCAGGAAAGUCAAGACGGAUAUUUAUCACAAGCUGCAACUACAAACAACAACACAUCAACUGAGGAGAGAAUUGAAUUAGGAAAAGCAUUAAAUUUAAGCUCAAAUAACAUUCCAAAAGUGAACACAAAGAGUGGCAGUUAUUCAGGAUUGAGGCCUGAAGCAUUUCAUCUGUUUAAGAAUGCCUUUCACCCUAGUGAGCCUGAUGAGAUGCAUGCUGGAGAGAAACCCAAUGCCUAUAGUGUAACUGGCAAAUUGCACGGAUAUCCUGAGCAUCAUAGUCAGCAUCAGAAAAUUCAAACCUUGCAGCAGACUUUUGAACAUAGUAGAGAAGGGAAAGUCUUCAACAGAGAUACAAUAUCCUUUACACGUAAGAGGGCUCAUAUGGGAGUGACCCUCUCUAAGUGUAAUGAAGAUAGAAAUGCCUAUGGAAAAUCAGCUGUCACUGGAGAGACAACUAAUACAGGAAAGAAAACUGUCUAUAAGAAGUCUGCCCUCAUUAAACAACAAACCUACACAGAAGAGAAAACCUCUGAAUGUGCUGAAUAUGAGGAGUUGUUCAUUAGUAAGUCAGAUCUUACAGUAAGUGAGAGGACACACACAGGGAAAAAGCUUUAUGCAUGUAACCUGUAUGAGAAAUCUUUCAGCUGUAAAGCCAAACUUGGUAUCCAUCACAGAAUUCACACAGGGGGAAAGCCCCAUGGGUGCAAUAAAUGUGGAAAAACCUUUUUCCAGAAGUCUCAUCCUGGCAUGCUUCAGAUAAUUCACAAAGGGGAAAAACUCUGUGAAUGUAAUGAAUUUGGGAAAACCUGCCGGAGGUCUCACCUCAGCAAACAUCAAAGAACUCAUACAAGAGAAAAACCCUUUAAAUGUAAUGAAUGCGGGAAAAUCUUUAGCCAGAAGUCAGUACUUAGUGUACAUCAGAGAAUUCACACAGGGGAAAAACCCUUUGAAUGUAAUGACUGUGGGAAAACAUUUGGCCAGAAGUCACACCUCAGUGUGCACCAGAGAACCCACACAGGGGAAAAACCAUUUGAAUGUAACGAGUGUGGGAAAACUUUUGCCCAAAAGUCAGUCCUCACUGUACAUCAGAGAACUCACACAGGGGAAAAGCCCUAUGAAUGUAGUGAAUGUAGGAAAACCUUUUGCCAAAAGUCAGUUCUCACCAUACAUCUAAGAACUCAUACAGGUGAAAAACCAUAUGAAUGUUGUGAAUGUGGGAAAACGUUCUGCCGGAAGUCAAAACUCAGCAUGCACCAGAGAAUUCACACAGGGGAAAAGCCCUAUGUAUGUAAUCAGUGUGGCAAAACCUUCUACCAUAAGUCAGUGCUCAGCAUGCAUCAGAGAACUCACAAAAGGGAAAAACCUUAUGAAUGUAAUGAGUGUGGAAAAACCUUUUACCAGAAGUCAGAUCUCAUGAUACAUCAGAGAAUUCACACAGGGGAAAAGCCUUAUGAAUGUAAAGAAUGUGGAAAAAUAUUUUGCCAGAAGUCACACCUCAUCAAGCAUCAGAGAAUUCACACAGGGGAAAAACCUUUUGAAUGUAGUGAAUGUCGGAAAACCUUUUCCCGGAAGUCCAGCCUCAGAAUGCAUCAGAGAACUCACACAGGGGAAAAACCAUAUAAGUGUAUUGAGUGUAGGAAAACUUUCUCUCAUAAGUCAGGCCUCACUAUUCAUCAAAGAACUCACACAGGAGAAAAACCCUAUGAAUGUCAUGAAUGUGGGAAAACCUUUUGUCGAAAGUCAUUCCUUAACACACAUCAGAGAACUCACACAGGAGAAAAACCUUACGAAUGCAAUGAGUGUGGAAAAACCUUUGGGCAGAAAUCACACCUCAGGACACAUUUGAGGACUCACACAGGUGAGAAACCUUAUGAAUGUACUGAAUGUGGAAGAACCUUUGGGCAGAAGUCACACCUUCGAACACAUCAAAGAACUCACACAGUUGAGAAACCAUUUGAAUGUAAAUAAUACAAGAAAACUCAACUGCAGUAAGUCCUACCUCAUAGAACUCACACAGGAAAAACCCAAUAAAUGUGAAUAAAAGUUUUUGCUAAGUCAAACCUUGGCAAAGAUGAGCAAAGUCACACAUAAGGGACACCCUCUGAAUGCAACGAAUGGGGAAAACCUGAAUGACUGUCAGUGAAAUCACACAAAUGAGAUACCCUAUAAGUAUAAUUAUGCAGAAAAACUUACCAGAAUUCACACUUUUGUAGUAAAGAGAGAACUCACACAAGGGAAUAACCCUGAAUGCCAAAGACUGGCUAUUUGUUGUUUAAACUCUCUUCUUUUCUCUUGGACUUAAAGCCCUUAUUUUGAGCCUCCCUGUAUUGUAGGUAGGAUCAUGUAACUGAGCUGUUAUUUUACCUGUAAAUUUUGAGAAUAAAUAUUCAGUCUGUUAGAAUCACUUAUUUAAAAUACCCACUUAAUUGUUUAUGAAAUUAUUAUUUGAAAUUGCUUUUUGUUUGGCUGUAGUUCAGACCAGCUCUGUGACUGUGAUCAUGGGACAAUUACAUGACCCAUAUCGUCCAUAGUACUGUACAGCCAGCCCUAUACAACGAGUACUUUGCAUAGGGUAAGAAGUGAGUCUCUCUUGAUUUCUGUGCUUAUGGGAAUCGCAGACAUAUCUGUCUUUGGGCCUGAAGCUGCCCAAACCAUCAAAAGUCUUUAUAGGUUGUGAGAGAGGUUGUGAGUAUCCUGGUAGCAUAAAGCCUGUGUACUCUUCCCAUGAUUGAUAUUAUG